CCGGGAUGGAGAGGCAGCUCCCGGGCGCGGCCAACGCGUCGAGCUUCGCCGACGAUGUGCUGCGCGUCUUCGGGGCCAACCACAGCCUGUCGGCGGGGCAGCUCUCCGCGCUGCUGCAGCGCCUGGGCGCCGCGCCCGCCCUGGGCUCGGCGCUGCCGCUCGCCCACCUGCACCACAACCAGUGCUUGACUAGUGAAGAAAUCUUUUCUUUGCAUGGGAUACCGAACAACAGUCACAUAUCAAAUUCCAGCUUUUCUACAAUAUGUCCUGCAGUUUUGCAACAGCUAAUUUUUCACCCGUGUGAUCAUCAGGAAAGCUUUGUGGACACAUCUAAACCACAUUCUUUGCAAGUUUGGGGAUUUGGGUUCCUGGCUGUGUCUAUCAUUAACUUGGCAUCACUUCUGGGAUUGAUUUUAACUCCUCUCUUAAAGAAGUCAUAUUUCCCCAAGGUUCUAACUUACUUUGUGGGCUUGGCCAUUGGUACUCUCUUUUCUAAUGCAAUUUUCCAGCUCAUUCCAGAGGCAUUUGGGUUUGACCCGAAAGUAGAUAACUAUGUUGAGAAAGCUGUUGCUGUGUUUGGUGGAUUCUAUAUUCUCUUCUUUGUGGAAAGGAUUCUUAAAGUGAUACUAAAGCUCUAUAACAAGACUGGCCACGAUUACUUUGAAAAUAGAGAAGAGAUUCAUUCUCAGGAUAAGACUAACUCUCCCAAACCACCAUCAUCCAGCAAUGGGGGCAUAUGUUAUGCAAAUUCUGCUGUCAUAGAGAGCAAUGGAAAUCUUGGUUUUGACAGCAUCAGUGUGGUCUCAGCACAGGAAGAAGCCACCCAAAGCAGCUUAUGCAAGUGUCUUAAGGGGCGUCCACUGGCAAAGAUUGGGACCAUUGCUUGGAUGGUGACACUGAGUGAUGCAGUACAUAAUUUCAUAGAUGGCUUGGCUAUUGGGGCUUCUUUCACUUUGUCUCUGCUUCAAGGGCUCAGUACCUCCAUAGCCAUCUUGUGUGAAGAGUUUCCUCAUGAACUGGGGGAUUUUGUCAUCUUGCUUAAUGCAGGAAUGAGUACUCGUCAGGCUCUGUUUUUCAAUUUCCUAUCUGCAUGUUCUUGUUACGUUGGGUUGGCCUUUGGAAUAUUAGUAGGCAACAACUUUGCUCCUAACAUCAUCUUUGCUAUAGCCGGUGGAAUGUUCCUGUACAUCUCUCUGGCAGAUAUGUUCCCAGAGAUGAAUGAUAUGCUGCGGGAGAAGGUGACCGGAAGAAAGAUGGAUCUGACGUUCUUCCUUAUUCAGAAUGCUGGUUUGCUAACGGGCUUUACUGCUAUCCUGCUGAUUACCUUGUAUGCAGGAAAUAUUGAGCUGUGAGAAUGGAAUCAGGAUUGGAGACAUCAAGAUAAUUGCAAAUGGAAGACACUUGAAAUCCAUACAGGGACAUUCAUUUAAUCUACUUGGUUUUGAAAUGGUGGCAAGGCCCAUCCUGUCCCUCUUGCCCCAAGUACAGGAAGUUCUUUAGGACUUGCAGUUGAACUAAAUAGUAGGAGCUGUCAGCUUCUGUAUGAUGCCAAAAAAAUUAUGCUAAUAUUUUUAUUUCUACUUAAAAUUAUCAGACCUAUCUGAACUGUUACAGAGGAAGGGUGUUACUUGGCCAGUAGAAUUAUGCAAUACAUGCAGCUACAUGCAACUCCCAAACCAACUGAAAGCUGAAGUCUAUAAGGAAGAUGUGUAUUUAAAAGAAAAUAAUACAGUUUCAUGUCCUUUUUUAACUGUGAUGAAGGCAAGCAGUUUCAUAACUGGUUUAUUUUUAUGACUUUUGUUGCAGGAUUUGUCUGCAUAACAUCUUCAUUCCCCACCAAAAACAAAAAAAGAAAAAAAAAAAUCAAACAAUUUCAGAGUAGGUGCUAAUGAAGAUAAGAUUUUUAAUUACUAAUUAACACUGGAAGGAAACAUAUCAGUUCCUGCUUUUGAUCUUUUCUCUUUAUAAGUGCACUAGGGAAUUGUUGAUUUAUUUUGAGAACCACUUUUUUUAAUUAGAGGGAACCUGUGUUAAAUUUAUGACUGUUUAUCAACUCCAUAAUAUUUUAGAAACAUUGAGUACUUUAAAUAUGUUCAAGUAUUGUAUAUUCUAUUAAAAUAAUAAAGUUUUAUACUUAAGUUUCCCAUAUAACCCCUUUAAAAAUCACUUCUUUAGUCUUACAAAGGAGAAUGUAGGGGAGAAAAGUGCUAAAAAUUAACAUUCCAGUAUGUUUUCUUCAUAAUUUGAAUGAUUUUUUUGUGUGCAGUUGGGUGGAAUGAAAUGAUAAUAAAAUUUACAAAUUCUUACCACAA